GCGAGGGGGCGGGGAGCAGGGCGGAGCUGCCUGCCUGCCUGCCUGCCUGCCUGCCUGUCAGUCAGUCAGUCAGUCUGUCCGCCCGCCCGCCCGCCUGGUCCGGGCAGCCGGCGGUUCCAUGGCCGCUGCGGAGCCCGGCGCCCCCGCCCCCGUUCAUGCGGUGACUUGGGGAGAGGAGGCCGGGCCCGCCCCCGCGGGGUUCGGUCCCCCGCCCCCCUGAGGAGGAGGCUGGGGAGCCGCUAUGGCAGCGCCGCGCAGAUGAAACUUUGACUUUCCUGAAGGGUGUUCCUGUGGAUUUUGCGAAUGAACAUCCCUGAUACCCUCAGCCUUCCUGAGAUGGCAAGUCCGGCAGUCAGCCCAGACUCUUCCUCCCAUGAGGCUCUUUCUUCUGUCAACUCUGCGCCAGCAUGCUCCCCCACCUCAGAUUCAGAGAACCUAAGCCCAGAUGAGCUGGAGCUGUUGGCAAAGCUGGAGGAACAGAACAGGCUGCUGGAAGCAGAUUCCAAGUCCAUGCGCUCCAUGAAUGGCUCCCGCAGGAACAGCGGCUCCUCCUUAGUCUCCAGCUCCUCAGCCUCCUCAAACCUGAGCCACCUCGAGGAGGACACCUGGAUCCUAUGGGGGAGGAUUGUCAAUGAAUGGGAUGAAUGGCGGAAGAAGAAAGAGAAACUGCUGAAGGAGCUUAUACGGAAAGGAAUCCCACACCACUUCCGAGCCAUUGUAUGGCAGCUUCUGUGCAGUGCCACAGAUAUGCCUGUCAAGAACCAGUAUUCAGAGCUGCUGAAGAUGUCUUCCCCCUGCGAGAAACUGAUCCGGAGGGACAUAGCCCGCACAUAUCCUGAGCAUGAGUUCUUCAAGGGACAGGACAGCCUAGGCCAAGAGGUCCUUUUCAAUGUCAUGAAGGCCUAUUCCCUAGUGGACCGUGAGGUUGGAUAUUGUCAGGGCAGCGCAUUCAUCGUGGGAUUGCUGCUAAUGCAGAUGCCCGAAGAAGAGGCUUUCUGUGUGUUUGUGCGACUGAUGCAGGAAUAUCGAUUACGAGAGCUAUUCAAACCCAGCAUGGCCGAGCUAGGCCUGUGCAUCUACCAGUUUGAGUACAUGCUGCAGGAGCAGCUGCCUGAGCUGAACAUCCACUUCCGCUCCCAGAGUUUCCUCACCUCCAUGUACUCCUCAUCCUGGUUUCUCACACUCUUCCUCACAACCUUCCCUCUGCCUGUGGCCACCCGAGUGUUUGACAUCUUCAUGUAUGAGGGGCUGGAGAUCAUCUUUCGUGUGGGGAUGGCCCUCCUGCAGUUCAACCAGGCAGAGCUGAUGCAGCUGGAUAUGGAGGGGAUGUCGCAGUAUUUCCAGAAGAUGAUUCCUCAUCAGUUCGACAGUUGCCCGGACAAGUUGAUCCUGAAGGCAUAUCAGGUCAAAUACAACCCCAAGAAAAUGAAGAGGCUGGAGAAGGAGUAUGCUGCAAUCAAAAACAAAGAGAUGGAGGAGCAGAUUGAGAUCAAAAGGCUCCGGACUGAGAACCGCCUCCUGAAGCAGCGGAUCGAGACCCUGGAGAAGGAGAGCGCUGCCUUGGCAGACAGACUGAUCCAGGGCCAAGUCACCCGCGCACAGGAGGCCGAAGAGAAUUACAUCAUCAAGCGAGAGCUGGCGGUGGUGAAGCAGCAGUGCAGCUCAGCCACGGAGAACCUGCAGAAGGCCCAGAGCACCAUCCGGCAGCUGCAGGACCAACAGGUAAACCCCCGGUUCACAGAGGAUUUUGUGAAUCACCUGGAAACAGAGCUGGAGCAGUCGCGUCUGAGGGAGACUGAGACACUGGGCGCACUCAAGGAGAUGCAGGACAAAGUGCUGGACAUGGAAAAGAAGAACAGCUCGCUGCCUGACGAGAACAACGUGGCCCGUUUGCAGGAGGAGCUCAAGGCACUGAAGGUACGUGAGGUGGCGGCACUGACCUCACUCAAGGAGCUACAGCUGCAGGUGAAGGAGCUCAAUGACAGCUGGCAGGCUCAUCUGUCACGGACCGGUGGGCGCUGGAAGGAGUCCCCCCGCAAGAACACCAUGAAUGACCUCCAGGACGAGCUGAUGACCAUCCGCCUGCGGGAGGCCCAGGCCCAAGCCGACCUCCGCGAGCUGCGGCAGAGGCUGGUGGAGCUUGAAACCCAGGAUCAGAUUCACAGUAAUCUGCUGAACCGGACGGAGCAGGAGUGCCUAGGGCUGCAGGAGAAGCUGCAAUACCUCACUGCCCAGAACAAAGGGCUGCAGACGCAGCUGAGUGAGACCAAGCGCAAGCAUGCAGAAUCCGAGUGCAAGAGCAAAGAGGAGGUGAUGGCGGUGCGGCUGCGGGAGGCCGACAGCAUGGCAGCCGUGGCAGAGAUGCGGCAGCGGAUUGCUGAGCUGGAGAUCCAGAGGGAAGAAGGGAUGAUCCAGGGCCAGCUGAACAACUCUGACUCCUCCCAAUACAUCCGGGAGCUCAAGGACCAGAUUGAUGAGCUCAAGGCUGAGAUCCGGCUGAUGAAGGGCCAGAAGCCCUUCGAGGACUCCAUGGGCUUUGAUGGCAUCCACAUUGUGAGCCACCUGGCAGUGGACGAGGACUCGCUGCACUCCUCAGAUGAGGAGCUGCUGACCAACCCCAUGGUGGUGGGCGCGCUGCAGGACGUGCUGUACCCACUCUCACCCUGCAAUGCCCGCUUCCUGCGGGGCACGGAGAGCUCCGGCAAAGAGAGCGAUGGCUCCACGGACAGUGAGCCCGAGGACCCCACCUCCACCGCUGAGGCUGAUGGCGAGAUGGAGCCGCAGAUCAUCUUCGGAGAAACCCUCAGCAAGUGAGAGGAGAUGCCGAUGCCAGGGGGAUCCCCCCCUCCACCAAUCGGGCACUGAGCGGGCAGCCUGGAGAGAAGAGACUCCUCUCCUUGGCGCUCUCAGUAGCAGCAGGUGGGGGAGAUCAUAGACCCAACAUGAUGGCUGGACUUAGAGAGCAUUGCACGUCUGCUGCCAUGCGGGGACAGCUCUCCAGCCGGCCUGUGUUAUACAGAACCUCUUGAUUGUUGUCUGCACUGCCUUUCUCCUGCUCUGUCGUCACCGGUAGUUACACUCCGACUCCAUUGAGUAACCCUUGUUCACCCAACCCCACCCCCUAAUGCCUCCUUCUUGUAUUGCCCUUUCCCAAAAGUUUGCACACUUGAGAACUCAGCUCAGUGUCAUCCUGAGCGGGUGUGGAAGCGGCAAGGCCGCUGGAUAUCCAGGCCCAAUGACCAUCCGCCUGGUCCGAGCACCUGUGGGCAACUGGCCAACAAACCAUUCCCUCCCCUCCACACUCAGAGGGCAGGAAAUUGGGUCUCUCUUCCUUUUAUUUAAAUGCAUGUCCCUGAUGAUCCCGAGAGCAUCUGCUCGGAGAGGGGAGAGUUGGAGGCCUUCAUAUCCCUAUUCUCAAGGGAGCUCUCCCCAGGAUGGGAAGGGCCCAGCGCGGGGGAUUCUGGAUCGAGGAGCCUGCUUGGUUACGUGAGAUAUUAUAUUUUAUUUUUGUUCUCCAGAUGUUAUUUAUUUAAACUGUUAUGAUGCCAACUGGGCUCCCCUCGGGGAGCUCCAUACUAAGCUUUAAGUUCUAGGAAAUUACACUGACCAUUAUUGUGUCAUAAGGAAAUCUAGGGGAGCAGCGUUCUGCCCUGCUGCCUUCCUGUCCUCCAUCCGUAAUGGAGCUGCGCUCUCAAUCUCCUGCACAGUUAAGUUCUCCAGAACGUGUUGUAAUUGUUCCCUUUCUCUUCUGCUCCAUAUGGCAAACUGCAGGGUUUCCAGCUAAAUUCCUAACCUCCCUGUCUGGAGAGGGCUAUGUGGAAACAAAUCCCCUAGGAGAACCUUUCUUACUCUACCCAGAGAGCCACCUUAAACCUCGUGUCCCUACCAAGAUCUGUCUGGUGCACAGCAAAGGUGCCCGGUAAGCAAGAGCAGUUUCGGGAGGAGCCUAGAGAGAAGUCCCCAGCCAGGAAUCAUCUGGAGAAGGUUUGUUUCUAUGCAUGAUGGGGCUUCACCUCCCUCAGCCAGCCUGGCCUGUGUUUCUCUGAACUGGCUCUCCCAGCUCUGCAGCUGGCACCAUGUGUCCGUACCGUUUCAGUAGCCCCGUGAGAUGCCCUCCAGUCUGCCAGAGCAGUAAGGAGAUUUGGAGCGAUGGAUGGACGGCAUGCACGGCUCAGCGAGCCCUGGUCAGAUGAUGGAAAUGCCAGCUCCUUGGAGUAGCCCUUAAUAGAGAGCUCAGCUCCUAAUCAGAGAGAAACCCAAGCUGCUUAUCUCCAAAUAGGCCACCUUGGGCCAGAAUUGCUGAACCAUUCACCACUUCGAAGCCUGCCCUGGUGAUCAGGCAGCAGGUGAAGCAGCUUCCUUGGGAUGGAGCCAAUCUGCAAACAUGAUCCCCCUUGAAGGAAUUUUCCAAUAAAGUGCAGCCUGCCGUGCUCCCACCUUGGCUAGCUACAUCGUUCUUGGCAACAGUGCCCAUCAAGUAUCAUUUGUGUGGAAGAGCUGGCCAGGCCCACCACCACAGCCCUUCACCCAAAGAGCUUUGCUUGCAGUCAGCAAGCCAGCUGCUCAGCUGGUGCAAAUCCCCCAAGCUCUGCUGCAGUAAAUGGCGCUACACUGAUCUACACCAGCACAGGAGCUAGUCCAUUCUGUCUACAGCUCUGACUCCUAAUUUCCAGUGUCGGGCUCUGCUUCCCUCACUACGAAACGGUCCAGAUUGUGCUUCCAUUUGUUUGUGACAGAGUCAGUCUUGCAUCACUUCCUGGCGGUGGAGAGAUGCCAUGGAGCUGCAAGCCCCUGAGCCUGUAGUGUCCGUUCAUUUCCACCCCCUCUGUGCAGCAGAAACACAGCUCCAUUCCAACGCCCUUCGAGGAGCACGGGUGGAAAAUGGAAGGCGAGAUCUCCAGGAGUGGCUGCUCCCAGCAGGGAUGGAAGAUCUCGGGUGGCUGGGAUGAAGGCUGAGUUUUCCAGGCACCUGGAUGGCAGACGAAGGCCGUGGGGCUCAGGACCAGAGUUCACGUGGUGCUGGGACAUGGCGGGAGGGCCCCUUUGGGGCCAUUGUCGUGUCCCUGGGAGAGACUGAUGCUGCUAGGCACAAAUGGCCGCUUUAAAACCUUGAGCGCAUGGGGUGCAUUGUUGCCCAUUGGCUGUUCUAUUUAUGGAGGGUACCAGCCAUCGAGAGCAGCCUGUGCGCAGACCUGCUCAGGCAGAGAGAAGCAGAAUGCUGGAAGGGGUGUGGAGCUGGCUGGAUCCAUCAGUCCCUGUGGAGAUUAUCUGGCUUGCUCUCUUAUGGAGUUGAGUUUUAUUUCCUUUCUUUCUUUCCCAUCCUGCCCCUGCUUUACACCCUCCUCUUAUUUCCCUUCUGCUCUCUGAAUUCAAUAAACCCGGACAUCCAGCAGCUGAGGAAAAGCCAUUCCCACGGGUGGCUUUGCCUGAUUUCCUCUCCGGCCGAUUGCAAAUGUCACUUUCAAUGCACUGUAUACCUCCAACCCUCCCCUGCCAAUAGGUAUUUUCAUAGCUUUCCCCUUCCCUGCUGGUGUAUUAAGUUCACUCGGUCUGUUUCCAAAGGAGGGAUGCCUUGGACCUCCCAGCUUGGCAGAACCUUCCCCCAUAUCCUAAACCUUCCCCUUCUGAGAUGGAAAACAGCCCCAGUGGACCUGAAUGCUUGGAUUGAGCCCCUCACUGGCCCACUACGUCACUGGACUGGAGUAUUAUGUAUACUUAUAUAAAUAUGCCUGGGAGAGGCUUUGGUUGGGUAUUUAUAAUCUGUAUAUUUUAAUAUAUAUAUUAUAUAUAUACAUGCUGCACUGUAUUGCCAAAUUCUUGUGAUACCUCUCCCCCUUCCUCCUCCCUCCCCCACAGAGAGCAGCAGCAUCCCACAUGAGCUGAGGGUGAUUAACAUGCAGGCCUUUCUCUGCCAUUGCCUUUAGCUCCAGAUGCCACUUUCCUAUGCUGGGGGCCCUGUUUACAACAGAAGAUGGCUUGUGAAUCCAUUUGCUGGUUACGGAGCUGGUCAUACGCGCCACUUCGUUAUUUUAUUUAUUCUGUAUAGCACCAGACGAGGACUAGCAGCUUCAGAGAGCGGCCUGAAGGCACGAGCCCUCUGGAAAUAAGGGAUUGAUUUGGAGCUCCUUCCCCCAUUGGUUGAUUUCAGUGGAGUUGCUUCAGAUUAACGCUGGAAUAACAGAUCAGAAUCUGUCCCAUAGGGCCAAGUCCUUCCUGUACUCGGCAUUUACCUGGGCCUUACCCAGUCAAGGAGCUGAGAGCUUUGCCGAAGGAAAGGCUUUGGCAUUUGGCUCCUAUUAAAGGACUUCCAAAGUACUACAGCUGGGAGCAGUGCCGGGGCCACAGCUGGAGGAUUCAGGGUAGCAGCUGUGUCAGUCUGUAUCUGCAAAAAGAACAGGAGUACUUUUGGCACCUUAGAGACUAACAAAUUUAUUUGAGCAUAAGCUUUCGUGAGCUACAGAGGACACUGUACUACUUCUACUACUAAGAGCAGUGUGUCUGCACCAGAUCCAUAGCUAGUGCAAAUCGGCAUAACCCCAUUGACCCCAGUGCACUUACGCUGAUUUACACCAGCUAGGGAUUUAGCCUGUUGGCUCUAGCACCGUGACACUAACUUACACUAACUGGAGAUCUGGCCCUCAGUACUUAGGCAAAACAUGUCUUUGAAAUCAGUGGGAGUUUUCUAGAGUAUAUCCUGAGUAAACUGAGUAAAUCGUUCACGGUCUCUGGCUUUGGCUCUUUGACUUCGCUGGGAAUUUUGCUGUAGUCAGGAUCAGGCCCUUAUUUUCACACCCUUUCCGAGAAGACAGUCCCCUUUGGCAGGUUUAUCACGUUCUAGCAGAGACUUCGCACGUCGCACCUUGCAAUUGGGUGUGACCCUGCUGUAGGGAGCAGACACUAGCCCUGCUCUGCUCUGCUGGAAUCCUGUCCCCACUUAGACACACACAGUGGUUUCAGUGGGAUCACACUGGAGUUAGUAAUAGCAGAAUCUGGGGUACAGGACGAGUGGGCUCCAGAUGCCCCCUUUCCUCUUGCAUGCCCACUUCCACAGCUACACACUGAGCAGUCAGGUGUUCAGGACCGGCUCCCUGCCCACCGCCACCCCCCAUAAGGAAUCAGCUCUCAGGGAGACCCAGACCCUCCCUAGGACAUCAUCCCAACCACAGAGGUGCUGGGCCAUGAGGAAGCAGGGUGGGGUAAUAUCAUUCCCUGGAGGUGGCAUGAGCUGACUCCCAGUUUAGCACCCCUUCUUCUUGCACAGCUGGUGGGGGAGGGACUCUUUGAUAGGGGUGCUGCCUGCAGCCCACAGGAGGUCCCUGGUUCAAGUCAGCAUUGCAGCAACCUGCAUGAACAGAGGGCCAGAUUCUGCCAUUGCUGAGUCCCAUGCAAUGCCACUGAAAUGGGUGAGACUGCGUGGGUGUAACCACAAGCUGGAUUCCAGCCCAGCAGAGUCUGCUGCCUACAGCAGGCCACUGGGUUACUCCUUGACUGCCCUCCCCCCAGGGCUGGACCUGGAGAAGAACUGCAAGGCGUGGUUGGCCACCCGCUUUCUGCCCCCACUGCUGUCGGUGGAAAUGCCCAGCCAGAAGGCGUCAGAGCAGAAUAUUGUCCAGACUCCCUAGUAGCCUUGGACACAGUCUACUCUAGGCAGACCCUUGGUUGCAUCAAUGGCAGCAUGUCGCUGUUCAGCCUGGUCCCUCACCCCACACCCUUCGACACAUCCAUACACCAUGUCCCCAGUAGCAAUGUAUCCUGGGGCUCCCGCUCCAUAGCGCAGGGCCAUACGGCUUGGGAGCAUGGGCUUCUUACAAAUGACGAAGUUGUGCACUGUGGGGUGACUUGGUAGGAAGGCUCUGGGUGGCUUUCCAUCCACCAUAGACAGGGCCAGUUCAGCUGCAGGUUCCUUCCCAGGCACUCCAUGCAAGCGGGGCAUCAGGGUCUCAGCUGGCUCUUCUGUGUGGAUAAGUGGUGCCAAGUUCAAGGCAUCGGAGAAGGCGUUUUUUGAAGGCUCCCAUUGCCUGCAAGGGAGUUUGCUUGAUGUGUUGCUAUCGCUCCGUGACAUGGACAGAGCCUGUAAAUCCCACCUGCAGUGCUGGCUACUAUGGCACGUGGAAAGGUUUGGAUCAUGACUAAAGCAAACUAAACUGAGUUUAGAAGGGAAAAUCCACUGCCUCCCCAACUCCCUGCGGCUCUGGCGAGGCUCAUUCUCGAGCUACUUAUGUUGGGGGUUUUGGUUUUGUUUGUUUGUUUUUUUCCUGUAUGAUUUUUGAGUAGCAACUAAAACAAGGUGCCUAAAGGUGACCUGCUGUGUGCUCUGUAGUAGGCUGCAGCCGCCUAGAUCCGAGAAGGCAGCAUCCAGGGCGGCAGGGCACGCCUGCUUGCUGACACUCACGCAUGCCCGCCCCUCCCCGGCAAGAGCGUAAGUACAGCUCAGCACACCAUGGGCAAACCUCAGCCAGACAUUUCACUCUUGUUGCCUCUAACCUGGCAGCUUUGGUCCCCUUGCUGCUUCUUCAACUGCCUGCCCGCUGCAAGGAUCCAUCUUCCUCUGACGUAGCUGGGACUGGCCAGUUGUAGACAGCACUGGAUAGACCGUUAGGUUGAUCCACUCUGGCAAGCCCUUUGUUUAGCACAGCCAGGGUUGCGGGGCAGGCUGCAGGCAGCGCCCAUGUGGAUGCAUAGAUAGGGAGUAGGUGUUGAGUAGCUGUUGUGGGGGGGGCUUCACCUGAACUCUGUCCUUUAGGGAGGGAGAGGCAUGGUCUAGUGGGUAGACUCUGGGACUGGGAGCCCGGUGUCUCCUGUGUUCCCGUCCCAGCUCUGACUCCAGAUCGUGCAAUGCAAGUCACUGCCUCCUCCUUUCUGCCUCAGUUUCCCCAUCUGGUGCCAGGAUGGUCAACUAGUUAUGUUUGUAAAACAUGUGGAAUGUGCUGGAUGAAAUAUUAUUAGGUGUACUAUGGCAGUGUCUAGGGGCCCUAACUGAGGUCAGGGCUGCAGGGUGCUGCACAGACACAGUAGAAGAGAGCCCCUUUUCUAAAGAGCUUACAGUCUAGAUAGACAGGAUGGAGGGUGGGAGGGAAACUGAGACCCAGAGAAGGGAAGGAACUUGCCCAAGGUCACCCUGUAGGAUAGUUCAGAGCCGGCUUUAAACUGCUACUAAUUUAUUGAGUGCGGGACUCGGAGAGAAGGGGAAGCAAACUUAGAGCCUGAAAGUUCAGCCUGGACUCCCCCAAAUUUGGGGGCACUUGGAGCUAGGGCUUGGGUUCAAAUCCACCUCUAGGAAACACAUUUUGUGACACCCCCGAAGUUGGAGAAGCCUCAACAUUUAAGAGCAAAAAUGUCAGAGUUUCUACCACUCAAGAUCUCCUGCCUGUCCAUAGAGGCUGUAAAGCCACUGUGCUGUUGGGGCAUUAACAGCUCCCACACAGCCCCCUCCAGGUCUGCCCUACUUCUUAGCGGACAGUCCCGCAGAGGGCAGACCCAGAGAAAAAAGGCCCACAGAGUGACCAGGACCAGCCAGGAUCUGUGUCUAGGACUCAGCUGUCACAUGGAUUGACACAGGUUCAGUCUCCCCACCUGGCUGCCAGGGAAUAACUAGGACCUCGCCAUGCCCAAUCCCCAUGCUGAGUAAGGAGCGGUGCUGAUGGGAGCCAGAUGGGAGACCCUGGGGGCCAGGAAGCAGAGAGCUCAGAAGAUUCAAUGGAGGAGAUCAUAAGGAGUUACAUAUUCCAAGGACAGAGGGGACCAUUGUGAUCGUCUAGUCUGACCACCUAGAUAACAGGUCAGAGACCUGCCCCCAAUAAUUCCUAGAGCAGAGCUUUGAGAAAAGCAUCCAGCAUUGCUUUAACGAUUAUCUGCGAUGGAGAAUACACCACGACCCUGGUAAAUGGUUCCAAUAGUUCCUCUGCGAGGCAGGGGAAACCCCCAGGACAGGUGAGGUUAGACCAGGGGAUGUUGGCCGGUACUCAGACAUAGAGAUCGCUCACCCACUAUGGAUCAGCAAUCACGGGACUGAUCCCUAGGUGGUGUGAACCAGCAUUGCUCCAUAGGAGUCAAUGGGCCAGAUCCCCAGCUGAUGUACGUUGGAGUCGCACUGGAGCUGCAAAGCUCCACCAACUGUGGAACUGGUCUCUCCAGAGAAAGUAACCGUGAGAUGCGAGUGAGACUGAGGAGGGGACCUGGCAGGGCUUCCCACCAGUGGGUGGAGUCAUUACCGACACCCCACCCCACAGGGAAUCCAACACACCCGGGCGCCUCCCUCACUGGCAAUCAGCGUGCAAAGGCAUGUCAGAUCGGUGCCACCUCCUUGGCUUGGAUGCUGCCUUCCUGCGAGGUGCGCGAGCUCAGCUGUGGGGAAGCCCGUUUGGCUCCAUAUCCAAGAAGCGCACUCAGGUUGCAGUGAAUUUUGGUUCAUUUUGAUGGUACUGUAACUGCCGCCCGACGGUCUGACCACUCCCAAACUCGUGUGUCUGGUGUAUCCGUGUAGCGAUGACCCCUCCUCCUCCUCUCUGACUGUAACCUUCGUCCUCUUCAGCCCAUGCCCAUUUUAAAAAAAAACUGACUUGUGCAAAAAACAUCUGUACUUUCAAAAAAAGAGAGAAAAACCAUCAAAAACAAUAAACUAUUUACACUGUCUUACUAA